GAACAUGUCAAUGUCAAAUUAGAAGAAAUAAACAUCAAAACAUCAUCAAAAUUACAGUUUUCUUCUUACUUUGACCUAAAAAAUAGAAUCCGAUUUCCCUUUAUUUCCGCUAAAUUCAAUAGCCAUAACCUUUUCACUGUAUUAAUUGGCCUAUAAAAUGUAUCAGCUGCGAAAAGUUCUUAUGCACACUGUCUCGAGACGUUCAAGGAGGCAAGUGUUGAAGCUUCUGAGCGGGAAUUCGCGAUGUUUGAGUACUAUGGAGCCCCCGCCAGGCGAAGUUCAGCGUCUUAAACAGCCUCAGUUUGCUAUUCCUAAAGGAGUAAUGGGCCAGCCUACGUGUUACACCCACCCCCAUAUGGUGCAGGAAGGCUACCUCACUUGUGGCAUCACACAGGCGGAGUACGUAGACAGACGAGACAUGUUGGUUACCAAAUUAACACAGGAAAUUGAGAAUGAGAACACAAACCACUUAAUAGUGAUCCCAGCAGCAGCGAAACAGUUCAUGUCCGACAAGAUCCCGUAUACGUUCCGUCAGAACUCAGACUUCUUCUACUUGACCGGAUGCUUAGAGCCAUGUGCGGUGCUUGUGAUGGUUAAACCUGCUCAACAAAGUACUUAUAAUGCAAUAUUAUUUGUCAAUGACAAAGACAGUCACGCUGAGCUGUGGGAGGGCCCGCGGACAGGCUGCUCUGCAGCCACCAAACUCUUUGCCGUCAACGAGUCACGCCCCGUCGAGACCUUACCACAGUUCCUUGCCAAAACGGCGACACCCAAGCCCACAGUGCUGUGGUACCACACGGAGACCCCCGCCAACCCAGAGCUGAACCCCACCAUCCGCGGGUUGCUCCACCAGAACACCAAUAUCGGCUGGGCGGACCCGCAGCGCGCUAUCCACUCGAUGAGGGUCAUCAAGUCUGCGGCCGAAGUGGAGCUGAUGAAGGAAACCUGCUACAUCGGCUCCCAGUCCGUUAAUAUGGCCAUGGCUUGCACUAAACCUGGUAUAACGGAACACACGGUGAACGCGGUCCUAGAGUUCACCUCCCGUCAGGCUGGGGCGGAGCACCUGUCAUUCCCGCCGGUGGUGGCGGGCGGCCCGCGGGCCACACACAUACACUACAUCAACAACAAUCAGAUGCUCACCGCUAACGACCUGCUGCUUGUCGAUACUGGCAGUCAACGUUGGCUGUACAACUCGGACAUCUCCCGGACGUGGCCGGUGUCAGGACGGUUCAGCACCUACCACAGGAUCCUGUACGAACUAGUGCUGUCAGUACAAAAGCGCCUCAUCCACCUGCUGGGCGAGCACCGGCAGCCUCUAGACCAGCUGUUCGACCAGAUGUGCCGGCUGCUCGGCACGCAUCUCCAGCAAGAGGGGAUCCUGCCUAAGAACAUCGAUGGAAAUGAACUUGCUGCAAAAGCUUACCGCCUGUGUCCGCACCACGUGUCACACUACCUGGGGCUGGACGUGCACGAUGCGCCGCUCGUGCGCCGGAGCAUCCCCGUGCAGACCAACAUGGUCGUUACUGUCGAACCUGGCUUAUACAUCUCCCCGAACGACAAGUCAGUCCCGGAAGAGUUCCGCGGCAUCGGCAUCAGAGUGGAAGACGACGUGCUCAUCACAGACAACACGCCGCUCGUGCUCACCGAGUCCUGCGUCAAGGAGGUCGACGACAUCGAGGCUAUUGUCGGCAGGCACCAUCUUUAGAUAGGCCAGAGAAUACCAGACUUUCUGACAUUGACACAUUGGCAGUUGAGUACCCCAGCUUUGGACAUGAGAACCCAUUGAUAGUUGAGUACCCCAACUUUUGACAUGAGAACCCAUUAACAGUUGAGUACCCCAGCUUUUGAGAUUGUCAACCCAUUGACAGUUGAGUACCCCAGCUUUUGAGAUUGUCAACCCAUUGACAGUUGAGUACCCCAUCUUUUGAGAUUGUCAACCCAUUAACAGUUGAGUACCCCAGCUUUUGAGAUUGAGAACCCAUUGACAGUUGAGAAUUUCAGUGCAUAAAACUUAAAUUGUUCCUAGUGAAUUGUAGUCUCAAUUUAAUGAUGGAUAGAAGACCGUACCUAUGGGCGUAUUAUAGUGAAAAAAUCAGAAUUUUAAGUGUUACUUGGUUCAGCGCAAGUAUUAAACCUUUAACAAUUACUACGAAGUUCGGUCACGAGUACUAAUAUGUAUCCACUUUGAAACUAUGUCACAUUAACUUUUUUGACAAAUCAAACCGUAAGUCUCAUUAUAUGUCAAACAUGAUAGUGCGACAAGGUUCUAAAGUGGGUACAUGAUAUUGUUCAUGACUUUACGAAUAUUGAGGCGGAUACUGACAUUACGAGGCACGCACACGUCUCGCAAUAUGUGUGUUCAUGUUUGUGGUGAGCGUGGCACAUGCCUCGCCAUGUAUACCGCCUCUCUCUCUCUCUCUCUAUUUAAGAGCUGCGCUCUUGUCGGUAGAGUAACCGCCAUUCCUCUCUUCUUCCCGCCAAAACCUUCACCUCCCGAUACGACACGACCUGCACCUUCUCUUUUAUUUGUUUCAUAAAUGUUAUCCUAGGUCUACCCCUUCCUCUCUUCCCUUCAAUUUUUCCUUCUAUAAUGUUUAAUAAAAAAAAACAAAUGCAAUUUAAAAGUGGAAAGUCCGAGUACGAAAUUUAUAACAAAAUUGCAUUUGACCAAAAAAAUAUCCUA